AUGGACACGAAGGAAGCACGACGCUUGUGGCUGGCCGCGGGCCUUCCACCCGACGCGCUCGCACGGCUGCACCUCUCGGGCCCACCCCGCUUUGCGAGCGCCUUUCGCCUCUCGAGCGCCGCGUCCAUCUCGAUCGGUCUCGCGGCGCUCGCAGCCGCCGAGAUAUACCGUCUGCGCACCGGCGCAAGGAACAAUACAAGCGUCAUUGUCGACGCGCGGGAUGCAUGCGCCGAGUUCCUCUCCCAUGCCUUGUACACGCCCGACGUGACGCGCCCAGCGCCCGGUGUGUGGGACCCGCUCUCGGGCCUCUACGCCACGAGGGACGGCUAUGUGCGGCUGCAUGCUAACUUUCCGCACCACCGCAACGGUCUCUUGGGCCUUUUAAGCUUGCCGCUGGACGCGACCCGCGAGGAGGUUAAGGUGGCGCUCACGGCCUGGAAAGCAGAGCCUUUCGAGACGCUCGCGACGGAGCACGGGCUGUGCGCCGCGGCGUUUCGGGCGUCGGACGCGUGGCAGAACCAUCCCAUGGCUUCGCACCUCGACGCCACGUACGCGGCCAAUGGCCAUGUGCCAUGGCGCGUUCAACAACACACUUCUAGCAAGCCCCGCGCUGUCUGGGAUACGUUAAAAACGACGACGAAUUGCCUCUCGGGGGUGCGCGUGCUCUGCUUGACGCGUGUGCUCGCGGGGCCGAUCGCUGGCCGGACGCUCGCAUCGCACGGCGCCGACGUGCUCUGGGUGACGGCGCCGCAGCUGCCGAGUCUGCCCGAGAAGGGUUUUGGCGCCGACGAUCUCCUCGCACUCAACCCGCACUUGGUUCUCGGGCGAUGCUCGGCGUACGGGGCCGAUGGCCCGUGGGGCGGCAAGCGCGGCUUUGACAGCCUCCUCCAGACGGCCACCGGUAUCAACGACGACGAAGCCGCGGCGUUUGGCGAGUCGGCGCCGCGGGCGCUGCCCACGCAAGGCCUCGACCACGCGACGGGCCAUUUGCUCGCGUUUGGCGUCCUCUCGGCGCUCCACGCGCAGCUCCACGGCGCUGGUGGCAGCGUCGUCGAUGUCUCGUUGGCGUGGACAGCAGCAUGGCUGCGAUCGCUUGGCGCUGGCGACACGACCGCGUCCGGGUUGUCACCCGACGAGAUGGCCGCGGCGACCGAGCGCGUGCACCUGGCGAAUGGCCUCACAGCGCAAUUCGCCAAGCGAGCGCCGCAGAUGACGCCUGCACCGAGCUUUGGCACUUGUUAUCCAACGAGCCUUGCGAACGACGAGCCCGUGUGGCUCGCACGCGACUCAUAA